ACGCGAACUCGGGUCGUCGGAGAAUCCUGAUACGAAUGUCAGGGCUGCCGAUAUAUACCGAGGUUUAUGCAGCUGGGAAAAGAAGGCACUGUAUUAUGCGACUGUUCCUUCAUAACCAUUGACCUCUAAACAAAAUAUCUAGUAUUAUUUACUGUUUCUCUACUUCAUCGCAAUGUUCAGUCGACUUGCUCAAUGUUCAGGCACCAGGCUUUUUAGCCGUCCUGGUCCUUUAAGCGCCGCAGUCUCUGGAAAGAAAACGUACAGUCUGGGCUCCAUGCUGUCCCAAGAAGCCAAAAGGAGGCAAAGGGAAGCCCAAUCAGAGAUGGGGAUAAUCGAAAAGCCCGCCCACAAAACAACUAUUCAACGUACAGAAACAUCGCAGAUCCGCAUGGAACGCCGGGCCUUGGAUGGCAAAAGUACCACCGAGUAUCGUACCUUUCCUAACAUGUGGUUACGAGAUAACUGCCAGUGCAGUCAAUGUGUUAACCAGGAUACAAAGCAAAGGAAUGUUGACACUUUCAAGUUGAGAGAGGAGGAUCUCAAAGCCGUUGAUUUCAAAGAAACAGAGGACAAGCUCCAUAUUAACUGGUCUGAUGGCCACGAGAGCCAGCAUCCUCUGUCAUACCUCUCCUGCUGGUUCAAAGGAGCGUACGCCGAAGAGUUUGGUAAAGAUCAUAUGAUCCGAUUGUGGGACUCAUCCAUUGAGACUCAUCCACCUUCAGUUCCUUACAACCAAUUCUUCGUCGACCACGGUUGGGAAGCUAUCGGUGAGCUUACAAAAAAGAUUCGUAUUCACGGCUUCUGCUUCGUAACAGAUGCACCAGUCUAUCCCGAGUCCACGGAAGAUCUCCUAAAGCGCCUGGGUCCGAUCAGAAAUACACAUUAUGGCGGCUUCUACGACUUUACGCCAGAUCUUGCUAUGGCUGAUACAGCGUACACGAACCUCGCUCUGCCAGCCCAUACAGACACUACAUAUUUUACCGAGCCUGCAGGCUUACAAGCAUUUCACUGUCUCUCACACGAGCCAGCUCCGGGUGAAGCGCUUGAGGAAGGGGAGUCUUUAGGCGGAAAGUCACUCCUUGUUGACGGCUUCAAAGCUGCUGUAACUCUAAGAAAGGAGAACCCUUGGGCUUUCAAAACUCUUGCCCAAGUCGAGCUGCCAUGGCAUGCAAGCGGUAACGUAGGAAUCUCUAUCUCUCCAGACAAAGUGUAUCCUGUCAUUGAGCAGGAGGGAGGUGGGCAUCUGAAGCGAAUUCGUUGGAAUAACGACGAUCGUGGUGCUGUGAAUCCCUACGACGCCAAGAACUGGUACGCCGCGGCUCGAGUGUGGAAUGAGAUAUUGCGCCGCAAAGAGAAUGAAUAUUGGUUCAAGUUAGAACCCGGAAAGAUCGUCAUCUUCAACAAUUGGCGAGUUUUGCACGGCCGAAGUGCGUUCAAGGGUAUUCGGCGAAUCUGCGGCGCCUACAUCCCUUAUGAUGACUUUGUGUCUUGCUACCGGGUGACAAACACCCCAGGAGGUCGGGUCGCUGGACGCAGCUACAACAACAGAACGAGGAUGGGUUUCGGUCGGGGCAAGAACUACAAAGAGAUUACUGAAGCUCCCAAACAAGAAGCGCCUGCCAUAGAGAAAAGUUGAAGAAGCCUGGUAAACAAGGAAGCGAUUCGAUUUUAGCUGGAUGGCUGUUGAAAUGGUUGGCGCCUUACCAGUAGGACUCAUGAAGCAGAACUCGAGUCGCAUAACUUCCCGGCUGUAGCAGGUUGUGUCCGUGUCAUUUAAUAUUAGACAGAUAGAGGCUUCAUUUUACCCGCGAUAAUCGCCAGCCUGAAUGCAGACGAGGUUAUGUUAAUGGCGGGGAACGCUUUAACCCCGCGAAAUCCAUUCAGCCACUUGACAGACUCAUCCCGGCGAGAUAUGGAAAAUUGAUCAGAGCUGAAUGGACAGUAACAGGGCCGAUAAUGAACAUCCGCGCCCUGACAGAAAUAGCAAUCACACUAGAGGUAUUUCUCCACGAAGUUGCUACAGCGUAUCACAAAAC